AUGACAACAGUGAUAUCUAGAAAUUGUGAUCUCAAAGACCUCUCCCCAAUGCUGUCAAAGUGGUUGAAGCCCGUGAAAGAAGUGAGAUAUGCUCCAGCAAACGACGAAGAGCCUUCGUUGUUCGAUAAGGAAGAUCGCACUUCCAUCAAUGGCAAGAGGUUGGAGGAAUACUCUCGCCUGCUUUGGCAAUGCAUAUGUAUAUGCAUGUUUUUUUACGGAGCAAUCGUGCAGUGGUAUAUGAGCAGCUCGACAUGUUCUAUCAAAGAAUGUCUGAGACAAACAGCCCUUUGGUCCCCAAUACUCGAUUCAGUGGAAUACGAGCUCUACAACUUCUCAUCGAGCGACCUAUAUAACGGUCCUCCAACACCUGAGCGUGAGCGCAACUGGAAGGCGCUCGAAGCAAUGCCUCCAGUGUUCAUACCCAAGGCCAGCAUUACCCUACUCAACCGUUCCACUGAAAGCAAACUACUGAAAUCUGGCGACAAUAACAAGAACGGAUAUAUCGGCACAAUCGAAGUCUUUCAUCAUCUCCACUGCCUCAAUUCCGUACGUCAAUAUGUCUGGCAAGACCAGUAUCCGAAAGAUCUUAGGCCAUCAUUCUUGGAGCACAAUGAAUCACGGGCGCACGUGAGUCAUUGCAUAUCAACACUUCGCCAGGCUCUUAUGUGCAACGCCGAUCUGACACCAUAUCUGUGGUACGAAGGAGAGGACGGCGGCCCUGCAAAAGAAGACUUUGGAGCGGCACACCAGUGCAAGCGAUUUGAUAGCAUUGUAAGUGCUACGCUUCGACAUGGUACUAGGUUUCCAGAUGGCACUUUCGGCUAG